AUGGCAAACUUUGACAUUUUCACGGAUUAUUUGGGACUUUGCGAAAUUUUGUUUGAAUCUGAUGACAUAGAUUCAACAUCGGAGGAGAAAACCAGAUUGCCUGUUGAAGUUCCACAGAAAAUUCACAACUUAUCAGUUUCUUCUUCUAUGGAUAGUUUAAUAUCCGACAACAGCGGCAGUGUGGACAUCGGCAACACAUCGUCAUCAGCGUCAACUCAGUGGAAUCAUCCACUGGAACCAGUACCCGAAAUAUCUUCACCGUCAACGUCGACGUCAUCAUCACCAUCAUCAUUAUCACUAACCACGACACCUCCAGUAGUUUCAGUGUUGGCGAUGUCGCCAGUAGAUAUCGUGAAUGACAUUUUCACACCAAUCGGUUUGGAUGGUGUUCCAACCGGUCGAGCCAUAUCGGGACGUAGUUUCUCGCGAUCACCAGAACUCUGCACUCGAAGAAACGAAUGCAAUGAAGUACCAGACGUUUGCGAGUUUUACACCCCAGUGCAAGACCACGGCGCUAGUCCUACCACAAAUCUGGACCUGUCGCAGAUAGUCCACGGGAUGGUGAAAAACGCAUGUCGGUAUGAAAUAAAGGCGGCAGCGGACGCAUUUUCUUUAAACAAUGUGUGCGUGUUCUGUCGGAGAAACGGAGAACCGAAGGAGUUUUACACAACACACGUGCUGAAGGAUUCGAGGGGCAAAGUCAUUUGUCCAGUCCUCCGAAACUACGUUUGUCCGAGCUGCAAGGCGACCGGGGACAAAGCCCACACACUCCGCCACUGCCCACUGUCCAGGGACGUGGCCAGCAUGGCGGACACGUUCAAAACACGAAGAACAAGCUGUGGGAUUCGGAAGUUAACGUAUGACUGUUGA